CUCACUUUGAUGGUAACAUUGUCAGAUUUAUAAUUUAAUGCCCGCCUCACACUUUACGAUUUUGGCCACAAUUUGGUCGUCUGAGACAAAUUUUGAAAAUCCUGAAAGAUUUCUAGAAUCCUAGGGUAAAAUCUGUCAUGUUUGAUUGCUGGUUUGACAUGAUUUUUCCUGUCUUUAUCAUCAAGGAUUGUUAGAAACACAAUUAACGGUACAGAUUGUUUUCGUUUGCUGCUACCUGCCAUUUUAGCAAGAGAAUUCGGAACUGAUCGUGUCAUGGAUUGAUGACGUAAAACCAUUGACAAGUCUUCUUGUGUGCAUUCGAUUUUGACUCGUCUCGACUGUCUGACAGGUUGACAACUGAGAUCCUACAGUGUGACAUGGGGAUCAUUUUUGUACAGCAACAAUCGCGAAGGGUUUUGAAACAUGGCACAGUGUGAGCCCUGCUUAAGAGUUUUAAUAUUUCUUCCUGUGUGUCUCUGCAGUUCAUUCUAAGAUGCCAGUGUGCCAUAAACGAUCGCCUUUUCCAGAGCUGGUGUGUAAUGCUACAGGUGUCUUCCCCAAACCAGUGAUGAUCUCAUGGAGGAAGGACGGAGAAGACGAAGCGGUGAAUGAGGACGUGGAGCUCAGAAUGUCUUUUAUAAACCAGGAUGGAAGCUUCCAGAUGAGAAGCAUUAUGAAAGUCUCAGCUGAGGACCUGCAGAAACACAACUACACCUGUGUGAUUCAGCACAGCACCUUUGGGAAGGAGUUAAUGCCGAAUGUAAACAAGCGCCGAACCCGGAGAGAUGUAGGAUCAUGUAUAGGAUCAGGUGGAGGACCAGAUGGAGGGAAUGUUGGUAUCAUUGUUCCUGUGGUCAUCACUCUCUUCGUUCUCGUUGCUAUUGUUGGAAUGUUCAUCUGGAAGAAGAUAAAAAAUCCUGGUGCAGAAAAUCCCCGUGAAGUUCAAUGGAACAGAACUGAGAUACAUCCCUUAAACGUGUGUUAAAGUAUAUAUUUUGAUAUUUAUAUUAAACUUAAUAUUUACAGUUAGAGUGGAAUGUUAGAUAUUUUCUGAAGAUCAUCUGUCUUUUAGACUCCACACAGUGACGUUCCAGUCUAAACCAGGAAGGGAGCCUCCACACUGAAGAAUGUUUUCCUGUCCAGGUCUUC